AUGAUAUGUGUCAACAGCUUACGCGCGUACCUGCGGCACAACCUGCCGCGUGAAUUACGCUUCUACGUGGCACGGGGCCCUACCCAUCCAUUUUCCAGCCUCUCUUCGAUAUCAGAUACGGGGAACAUUGAUGACAUCGCAGCAGUGGCUUUUACGAAGAAACUAAAGAACGUAGUAAGGCAUUCAAAGAUUCCAGAGCAGAAUAGCCAAUUAUCUCGAGAGAUUAUCGCUCUUUGCGAAAGUUCAGGGUUAAAAUGCGACUUCCUGACUUCAUCCAAGAUAAAAAGACUUUACAAUAUGCUAUUACAGGGUAAAAUAAGUACACUUCAGAUUAUGAAUGCUCUGAAAUCAGCGAGGAACCAAAAGAUGGUAAAUGUGAUGGACCCCAAAAAGUCAAUUGACAACCAGAAAGACAAAAAAGCUGAUAUUUCUCAGUAUGAAUUUUUGCAAAUUAACCCAGCAAGCUCAGAGAAGUUUGGAAAGAUACUGGACGAGAUGGGCUGCAGCGAAACUCGUAAGCCAUUCAAGCAAAAAGUUGGCACUAGAAGGGAGAAUGAGGUUCCCCCGUUAAAGGGCUCAGACGAAAUUGAUCUAGGCGUCUUGCACAGCUUUCUUCAAAGCGCCGAGAAACAGAAAAAAGAGCAGAAACAAUUCGCGUGGAACCAAGCGCGCGCUUAUGAAUGGAAUGAAAAAAAUUCCCCUGCUGCUUUCUCUCCCGGAAUGAUGCUUUUUGAUUCCACUUAUACACCAUUACGAUCAAAACUUAUGAGAAAUUUCCGAGGUUCUAAUGUCAGAGGCCAAGGCACUGGCACAGUCAAAACGGCAUUCACUUACACAACAGAAAUGUUAUUUUACAACCUUAAGGAUAGCACCACUCAUGUUAUGCUGUGGAAAAACCAAGGGAAUAAUGUACAUAUAGAAUACAGGGAUCUCUUCACCGUAAUCAAUGGGAGUCAGAGGCCACCUGAACAACUAUUAAAAGUCAUCACUAAUUUUGAAGGCAAAGACUGGGAGCUGACCGGGGAAGCCACUAUUGAUGGAGUUCGCCAGAUAGUGUUUAAGCGAGACACUACAAAACAUAGCUCGAACCGCGUAAGUUCUAAAAUUUUCAACAUGACGCUUCUUUCGGUGUUUCUGGGGUUUGCAGCCUAUGGAGCAAUUCAAAAAUACAGAAGUACGAGAUACACUGUCACCACGAGUGCAGAACCUAGCUGA